UUUUCAGAGAGACUCAGUCCUCACUUCAUGUUGGUGUGAGGUACCAUGCAGACCCAGACACAAGGAUAGAAGCUGUCCGGGCCAGCUCCCCAUCCAUAUCCCUCUGACUUCCAAACCUCCAGCCUCUGGCCAGGCUUCUUCCCUGCUGCAAAACAAGGUGGGAUAACCUGCAGGGAAGCUGCCGUGGAAUAUUAACACCCUGCAUCUUGGAAAAGUAAAGGAAGCAGCAAGUGUCAGCAAUCAUGAAGGAAAUUCAUGGAAACGAAGUAGAUGGUAUGGACCUGGGCAAAAAGCUCAGCAUCCCCAGAGACAUCAUGCUGGAAGAACUGUCGGUCCUCAGUAACCGAGGAGCCAGGUUAUUUAAGAGGCGCCAAAGGAGAUCAGAGAAGUACACAUUUGAAAACUUCCAUUGUGAAUCUAAAGCAGAAAUGAAUUACAGGAUUGCCAUGCAGAAUGGAACUUUGGAUGGCAGCAGUAUGGAAGGUGGCUCCCAACAUGGCCCACUGACCCCUCCUAACACACCAGAUCCCCGGAGUCCACCCAACCCAGAAAACAUUGCACCAGGAUAUUCUGGACCAUUGAAGGAAAUUCCUCCUGAGAGAUUCAACACCACAGCUGUACCUAAGUACUAUCAGUCUCCUUGGGAGCAGGCCAUUAGCAAUGAACCAGAACUAUUGGAGGCUUUCUACCCCAAACUCUUUAAGCCUGAAGAAAAGACAGAACUUCCAGACUUCCGAAGCUUUAACAGAGUUGCCACACCAUUUGGAGGGUUUGAGAAGGCAUCCAAAAUGGUUAAAUUCAAAGUUCCAGAUUAUGAUCUACUCCUGCUGACAGAUCCCAGAUUCAUGGCUUUCGCCAAUCCUCUUUCCAGUCGAAGAUCCUUCAAUAGAACUCCUAAAGGAUGGAUAUCAGAGAAUGUUCCCAUAGCAAUCACCCCAGUGCCAAUAGAAGAGAAUAAUGUGCCAGAAACAGAUGACCUGUGAGAAGCAAAAGUUCUAUUGUGCCAUCCUCUACAGCUCACUGAAAUGGAGGCUCCCUGUCUUACCAGGAUGCUUAACAACAGAUGCUCCUUGUUUGCCUUAGAAUAUAAUUGAUAACCAUUUAAACUUCAAUAUUCCAAAUGUGGAAUUUUGUUUCAUUUACACAUAGAAUAUUAAUAAAAUCAUUAAGAACACCAACA